UUACUUUUGUUUUCGUUAAUCUUUUGAGUGGUAUAGACAUCAUUUAUAAUUCAUAAAAACUUUUUUUAUUAUAACGUGACAGUGAUUUUUAUUUCUGAAAUAUAUAAAAAAACAUAUUAAGAUGAAAUUUUCACUGAUUACUCUGACUAUAUGCUGCUGUAUUGCAAUAUGCUUUGCAGCAAUAAGCGAAGUAAAAAAUGGUGGAAGUAAGACUGGAGAUCCAAAAGGACGAUUCUUAACACUCCCAGUGCCCUCAAAAUGCUCAAAUCGUCCUAAAAAAUUCAACUACAAAGGCCACAAUUACUUCUACAGUGGACAAAUUCCAGAACUCGCAAAUAAGCGUGUUGAUUGGUUAGAGGCACGUAACAUUUGUCGUGAAUAUUGUAUGGAUGCUGUAUCUAUUGAAACACAAGAAGAAAACAAUCUAGUUUAUAAAUUAAUUCAAGAAAAUGAUGUACCAUACAUUUGGACAUCUGGACGAUUGUGUGAUUUCAGCGGCUGCGAGGGACGCAAAGAUUUGUUGCCAAAGAAUCUUAAUGGAUGGUUCUGGUCAGCAAAUCGUGAGAAAAUUCAACCAACAAAUCGAAUUCCUGUUGGCUGGGGAUAUAAUCCUUGGUCGAGCACUGGACACAAAAAGGUUCCGCAACCAGAUAAUGCAGAAUUUGAUAUUAAUCAAACAUCAGAAUCAUGCUUGUCUGUCCUCAAUAACGUUUAUAGUGAUGGAAUUGCAUGGCACGAUGUUGCAUGUUAUCAUGAAAAGCCUUUUAUUUGCGAGGAUAAUGAUGAACUUUUGAAUUAUGUUGCCGCUACAAACCCUGGCUUACGUCUUUGAGAGUUUUAGGUUUUAAAAAAAAUAAAUAAAAAUUCCAUCACAUGCAUCUUUAUAAAAGGGCAGAAACUCAUUUUUACAGUAAAAAGUACCAUUUUUUAUUUAUGCUAUCUGUUUUCGCUUCAUAUUUAAGUUGUGUCUGAUACAAAAGUUUUUCAUAUUAUUACUAUUUUUGACACAAAAUAAAGAGAAAGAAAUAUGGAAACUAAUACAAAGAAAUUUAAAUACUAA